GCCAAGAUGGCGGCGGCGGCCCCGGGGCGGGAGGCAGCGGCGCCGCUUCCCCGCGCCCUCCGGCGGGGCCGCCGCGUCCCCGCGCCCUGAGCCGCAGCCUCGGCCUCUCCUCGGUGCCGGACUGUUUUGUCUUCACAAUGUUUGGGGACUUAUUUGAAGAGGAUUUUUCUGUUCUUUCAACCAACCAUUGUGGGAAAGGGAAGAAAUCAAAGCCCAGAGAUUCUGAGCCUCCAGCCCCCAGGGAUUUCACCAACCUAAGUGGUAUCAAAAAUCAGGGUGGGACCUGCUACCUCAACUCCCUUCUGCAGACCCUGCUUUUCACACCUGAAUUUAGAGAGGCGCUGUUCUCGCUGGGACCUGAAGAGCUGGGGACUCUGGAUGACAGCAGCAAACCAGAUGCAAAGGUUCGAAUAAUUCCAUUACAGCUUCAACGGUUGUUUGCUCAGCUUCUGCUCUUGGACCAGCAGGCUGCAUCUACAGCUGACCUGACUGAGAGCUUUGGGUGGAGCAGCCAUGAGGAGAUGAGGCAGCACGACGUGCAGGAGUUAAAUCGGAUCCUGUUCAGUGCUUUGGAAACUUCCCUGGUGGGAACUUCUGGUCAUGACCUUAUCAACCGUUUGUACCACGGGAUUGUGGUCAACCAGAUUGUCUGCAAGGAAUGCAAGAAUAUCAGUGAGAGACAGGAAGAUUUCCUAGACCUAACAGUGGCAGUCAAGGGUGUUGCUGGCUUGGAGGAGGCCCUGUGGAAUAUGUAUGUGGAAGAAGAGUACUUUGAAAAUGAGAACUUGUACCGCUGUGGAGCCUGUGAUAAACUUGUGGAAGCUUCAAAGUCGGCGAAGCUGCGGAAGCUGCCGCCCUUCCUCACCGUGUCCCUCCUGAGAUUCAACUUUGACUUUGAGAAGUGUGAACGCUACAAGGAGACAAGCUGCUACACCUUCCCCAUCCAGAUCAAUCUGAGGCCUUUCUGUGAGCAGACUGAAAUGGAUGAUUCAGAGUACAUGUAUGAGCUCUUCUCUGUUAUUAUACACAAAGGUGGCUGCUAUGGAGGACACUAUCAUGUUUAUAUCAGAGAUGUGGAUGAAUUAGGAAACUGGCAGUUACAAGAAGAAGAGCAGAGGCUGAUUGAAGAUAAGGCUUCAAGAGACCCCCAAAAUGCCAAAGAAGUGGAAAAUCCAAUGAUGAUGUUGAAAGGGAUUUUAGCAGAGGAAGAAUCUCAACAGAUUCCUGUGAACCAAUUAAGGCAGAAAUUAUUGGAGAAAAAAGGGGUUUCGUGGAAUAAGAAAUACAGAAAACAAUAUGGAGUGUUAAGAAAGUACUUGCAGAACCAUCCUCAGAUAUUUCAGUUCAGUCCUGAUGAAAAUAAGGUUGGCCUGAGGGAAAAACACAAGCUCCUGUUUCAGUCAGAUUCUGAAGGACAAGGUCUCCAAAGCCCUCCUCAGGAGAAUGAUGUCCACUGGAAUUCAGAAAAAACCCCUCCAAGGCUAAAGGAGAGUUCUGCUGCUCCCCAUUGGUUUGAUCUGAACGAUUCCAAGGUCCAGCCCAUCAAGGAGAAGGAUAUUGAGAAGCAGUUUCAGGGUAAAGAGAGUGCCUACAUGCUCUUCUAUCGAAAAUCUCAGUUGAAAAGACCACCUGAAGCUCGAGGAAAUCCAAGGUACCAAAUUCCUGAACACCUUCUGAAUGAAAUGAAUGCUGCUAAUACUGAGCUGCAAAAAAAGAGAGAGGAAUGUGACUCAGCAAACAAUGGCAUCGAUUUGCAUCUCCAUUUGAGCUCCCGUUACCAAUUUCACAAUGGGGCUUUGCAUCCUUUGCUUACUUGGAAGGAGAGUGUUGUGGAUUUGACCAUUGAUAGAAGAAAAACCUUAGGAGACCUUCGCCAGUCAGUGUUCCAGAUGUUGGAAUCUUGGGAAGGAGACAUGACCCUCAGUAUUGCCAAGCCUUUACCAGCAGGACUGCAUCUGUACCAGGUGCUUGAUGGAGAUGAGCUGACACUGGAUGGCAUCGGGCUGGUGGAUGGAGCAGACAUCUUCGUGUGGAAUGGGAAAGAGGUUGCUGGAACAAAGGUGAUGACAGGCCCUGACCACGAGCCUGUGGUCAUCAAUGUUCUUCGUCUGGCGGAGCACAACGAAGGAGGGAAGGGCCAGCACUUCACUGAGUCCCAGCAGGUCUUCUCCUGCAGCACAAAGCUGGCUGAUCUCCACAGAGCCUUAGCCCCCUCAGGAGGAAUCAUUCUGAAGAACAGCUCGGGGCCAGAGAAAGAAGCCAAGAACUGGGAAGUCUUUCUGGAAGAAGAUAUGAAGGAAACGGUCAGAAGUGUUGGUCUGACAGAUGGAUGCUCAGUCCUGAUCUUGGACAGCCAUGACCAGAGCUUUGUCAAUGUGGCAAGUGGCAAUUUGACUGCUUUUACAUAUGACAUCAGCUGGCUGCAAGUGAAAAACUUCUGCAGGGUGGAAGAUGAAGAGAAACAUGUUAAAAUUACUGCCACCAUUGAAACAGUGAUGUCAGAUAUCAAAAUGAAAGCAAUUCGGGAGCUUCAGCUCGAGGAGGAACUAGCCAGUGACAGCUGCCUGAGACCUGUCAGUGGAAAUGGGAAGCUUCUGUCUCCAGUGCCUGAGGAUUAUACUGUCAAGGAAGCAGAAUUGAAAAUGGGAAGCUUGCUUGGGCUGUGCCGUGGAAAAGCUCCAACUUCCACUCAGCUCUUCUUGUAUUUUCUUGUUGGGAGUGACCAAAGUGCAAGCCCUGAGAUGGAGAUAGUCGUGGAAGAGACUGCCUCAGUCAAAGAGUGUCUCAAUUUAAUGCUGGAAAAAUCUGGAUUAUCAGGUGACAACUGGCAUUUGAGGAGGAUGGACUGGUGCUAUGAAGCAGGGGAAGCAUUAAGUCAGGAGAAUGCCACGCUGAAGGAGCUCAAUGUCUGCAGAGGAGACACUUUGGUUAUCACUGAAGGGAAGCUGCCACCAAAGGGUUUCCUGAAAAUACCCAUUUGGUGGCUCAAGCCUUCAGGUCAUGAGAAACAUGGAGACAAUGUACAAGAGCAAGUGAAUGGGGUGACCUGCAAGAUGGAUGCUUUGCAGGUGUCUCCUGCAGGAGAUCCAGCAGAGCACAUCCACCCAGGCAUGGAUCUCUGUUACGCUGGCAGUGUAGAAAUAGCAGGAGAUGCUGCUCUGGAAGAUCUGAAGAUGCAGGCUCUGACUUUGCCAUGCUGCCAGGAGCAGGUUGUCCCACUGCCCUCCUUCCUCAGAGCAUGGACAGUGGACAGCAAGCACCCAGGCAAGCUGUUAAGAAACAACAAGCAGCAACUCAAGGACUACAAGCUGGGUGCCAGGGUGGAAAUCUGCUUGGAACCUUUGCAAAAAGAGGAGCAUUUGGGCCCCCAUGAACUGCUCCUUCGGGUCCAGAUGGGGAUACCAGGGGAGAGGGACUACGGUGACUCCACGGAUGUGGUGUGGGAUAUCUCCAGGGAAUGCACAGCCUGGGCACUGAGGCAACGAGUGGCUUCUCACUAUGGUCUCCCUGUAGAUAAAAUUGAAAUAGCCAAAUACUUCCCAGAGAAAUUUGAGUGGCUGCCAAUAUCCAGCUGGACACAGCAGAUUUCCAAGAGGAAGAGGAAGAAGAAACAGGAGAGUUUACAGUCAGCACCUUACCACCUGAAAGAUGGAGAUACCAUUGGGGUGAAGAAUCUUCUCCUUGAUGACACAAAGGACUUCAGCACACUGAGAGAUGACGUUGGGAAAGAGAGACAAAGGCAGCUGGCAUUAGAGAAGAAGAAAAGUCGUCAAGCCCAACGCUCCCAGGACCAGGUGUUCUCUGAGGAGAAGCUGCAGGUGAAGCACCGUAAACCAGAAGUGGCUCUUUCUAUCAACGUGGGUGUUUUCAGAUAGCACCAGGAGAGGAUUUGCUGACCAGACCCUACCACUGAUGUACUAAAUGGGCACGGAGGCCCUCAGCUGGACCAGCAAGAGGGGCUUUCCCAAAGUGUCUUCAAGAAGCACCUAGAGAAACUGGAUCUAGGCUUCAGGAUAACUGGUUUCCUUCUGUUCUUUCUUGGGGAAGGGCUUUAGCUUCCCUGUAUCAAUGUGGUGGUUCUUCUCAGGCCAGGAAAAUGCACUUUAUCCAUGAGAAAACUGGUUCCCUAGCUUGUGUAACCUUUGGGUGACUGGUUUGUAAAUCACCCCAGAUGCUCUUGGUUGUUGGUCAGAUGCUGGUGUCUCGCACCAUCACUAGAGAGUCAGUUGGGUUUCCUUCAUGCAGUCAUAAACAUCUCUUUUUAGAGGGUGUUUUUUUUUCCAUCUCUGGUCACUGAGGUGACUCAGGAUACCACAGUUGGCUUCUUGAUAUGAACCUAAGUCUGCAGGAGCUCGAGGCAGAUUUCAGGAAUGAAGGAAAUGUGGGAAUCUCUGGGCAAAGUGUACAAAAUCAGCUCGAAAAAGACCCAAGUUCAGAAUCUGCCAGGCUGUAGUGCCUGAAGACCUUCUGUGCUAUGGACCAACAGUGCAGUAACCUUAUAUUUUAACCUUGCUGGGCCUUUUUGGUUGCCCAUCAGCUCCUUAACAAACGAAACAGAGGGGAAAAAAUUGGCAGAUGUGAUGUUUGGUCUUCAGUGAAUUUUCUUGUACUCAGGAGAAAGGCUCGUGUGCCUUUUCAGUCCCCUUACUCCAAGGACUUUCCCUCCUGUCUUAUCUUUUCCACUGUUGUGAUCUUCUUUGCCACAUUUCAGGAGAAGUUUCUCUUGGUGUCCCAAAGCUGAUGUCCAGCCUCCACAGCAGGAGGGAUGUUGCUGACAACCAGCUGAACUCAGGAUGUUCUGAAGGGCAAUGUUUACUGGAUGCUUGUGGGGUUGGAUCUCCAGCUUGGGAAUGUUUGGAACCAGCUGAAGGGAGAAACCCUAUUUUCUUACCCCUGAGGCUGGGGAUUAGGGUUCACUAGAAGCUGACCUUUCAGCAUCUUUAUCAAAGCUUUUCUAACACUUCCAGGACUUCCCCACUGCACGUGUCUCUUCACAGUUUUAUUUCCCAUCUGGUUUGGAAGUUCCUUUGGGCACAGCUUGAACUGACAAAUUAACCCAGACUCUUCAUGGAGGUUGUAGCCUUGAAUAUCCUGAGUGACAUCUGUGAUCAUGAGAGGACAAAGGACAAGUCACUUUAGAGACCUACCAGAACCAUUUAACCUGUUUCAUGUACGUGUAGAGGAUGUUGUGGUAGGAAAUCCCAGCCCAGCAGACCCCUAAAAUUUUGGCUACUGGGAGAAAAUCUCUCAUCUACCUUUUACAGGUUAACAACAUUCUGGUGCUUCAGACCAGAACUUGACCCUCUCAGCUCCCAAAGCCCAACCAAGCAGAACAAACCACCAGACAGUGAGAAGCACCUGGAAGCACAUGGUUAAUAUUCAUUUGGUUGCUCAUCUUGAAAAUUCAGCAGGUGCUUCUGUGCUUCCUUAGGCUGAUUCAUUCAAGAAAGGGGGUGUUUUCAUUUCCCCGUGCACCUUGAAAUCCUAGUUUUAUGGCUCAAUUUUCUGGCAGGGCUGAGGGCAGCCAGCUGCUUCCCCCAUCUGAUUCCACCUUGCCUUCUUCCCCAUCAACAAGUCUUCUUCUGGGCUGCCAGAAAUGCUGCUGCUCCCUGAGGGUAAGCAAGGGAGGGUUGUGUCUGCAGGUGGUUCCACUUGCAUUGCACUCACUUUGCUGUCACUUCAGUUCCUCCUGGCUGGGCAGCUGAGCUCAACCUUUCCCAUCUCCCUUUACAGACUCUCCUUGAAAACACCAGGUUGGGAGAACUUCCAAGUACAGCUGACGAGUCCCAACCCGGUGGAUUUUUUUUUUUAGCCUGUGCCUUUGUUCAAGUGUCAUGUAGCAUCCCCUGCACUGAACCAACCUUGGAUUCGUUUCCAGUGUUGGCUCAACAGUUUUCUUAGAACUGCUGUGGGUCCUUCCACAAGGAGAGAGUUCACUAAAAGCAGGGGUGGGGGGAGAGGGAACACGUUUUUAACAGCGGAGUCUUUGCGAUUCCCCAGUUUGAUGAUGGUUCUAUUCCAAAGCCUGGAAAAAGCUUUCACCUUUAUUUUACAAGUGUUCUUCAACAAAAUAAAAAGCCCUUUCUAGCCAA